CUCAAGGCAGGGGAAAGCCAAGCGCGGAGGCAUCCGGGGCCCUGCGAUGCCCGGCGGGGAGGAUGCUGGCCCGGGGGCCUCGGGGCCGGUGUGAGCGCGGGGCCCAGAUGCUGCUGACCACUCUGGGGGCCUUCGCCGCCUUCAGCCUGAUGACCAUCGCGGUGGGCACCGACUACUGGCUCUACUCGCGGGGCGUCUGCCGGAGCAGGGCCGCCGGCGACAACGACACCAGCCGCAAGAACGAGGAGGUGCUGACCCACUCGGGACUCUGGAGGACCUGCUGCCUGGAAGGGACGUUCAGGGGCAUCUGUAAGCAAAUCAACCAUUUUCCCGAAGACGCCGAUUAUGACCAGGAUGCAGCCGAAUACCUCCUGCGUGCAGUGAGAGCAUCUAGUAUCUUCCCCAUCUUAAGUGUUGGUCUUCUCUUCUUCGGAGGCCUCUGUGUGGCUGCCAGUGAGUUCUACAAGAGCAAACUCAAUGUCAUCCUGAGCGCAGGGAUCUUCUUUGUGUCGGCAGGGCUCAGCAACAUCAUUGGAAUUAUAGUUUACAUCUCUGCAAACGCUGGCGACCCUGGGCAGAGCGACUCCAAGAAAAGCUACUCAUACGGCUGGUCCUUCUAUUUUGGGGCCUUAUCCUUCAUCAUUGCGGAGAUGGUGGGGGUAAUCGCUGUCCACAUGUACAUCGAGAAGCACCGGCAGAUGCGGGCCAAGUCCCACUCUGUGGCCCUGCUGAAGAAGUCCGCCUUCGCCCGCUUGCCCACCUACCGCUACCGCUUCCGGCGGAGAUCCAGCUCCCGCUCCACGGAGCCACGCUCGAGGGACCUGUCUCCCAUUGGCAAGAGCUUCGGUGCCAUCCCUUCCACCGACAUCUCCAUGUUCACCCUCUCCAGAGACCCCUCCAAGGUGACGAUCGGGACGCUGCUCAACUCGGAGAGGGACCACGGGUUCCUACAGAUCCACAACUCCCUCCCCAAAGAGUUCAAGGACUCUUUGCACAACAACCAAGCCAACAGACGAACCACUCCAGUCUGAGGUCAAACGUGGCCCCGGUUUGGCCAAGGGCCCUCUCUCUUGCUGGGCUCUGUCCAUAGAGAUAUGUAAUAGAGACUGCAUGACAUGACCAACCAAGCCCCCUCCACUCCCUCCCCUGUGAUGGUGUUUCUAGUGCAACCUCUGGUUUUUUUUUUGGUUUUUUUUUGUUUGUUUUUCCAAUAGAAAUCCUAAGGGGCCUCCCCUGCCCCCAGCCUGGGCUGGGACUUCCCUUUUUGGUUCUGUCUCAUUUUGGAAACCAACACAGCCGGCAACCUGACUCGGUUCCAGUCUCCCAAAACUUGUCUCAGUCUAUGGCCAUACGUGGGCACUGAGCUUUGUCCAUGUGCACAGGAGAAAGGGCUGCCCAGUGGACUGUGUGAACAUGGCAUCCACAUGGGGACCUCUGGAGAGGGGUGCGACUGUGCCCCCUGUGCCCAUCGCUCCUCACCUCUCUCAGAAAUGCCAUUUCCAUGUAGGCUUGGCCCAGAAACAACUCCUGUGGGAAACUUGCAGGCUCAAAAACAGCCAAGAGCUUAUCCAAAGACUGAGACCGCUGUCCCUCCUCCUGUCCUGGGAUAUAUCCAAUGACGCUGGUGUCUUGGGGUUGCGGGGUUUCACUGUUAUCGUGUGCAUGCUUUAAAUCUUCUGGAAUCCAGUUUCCUACCACAGGAUUGGAAGAGAAGCGGGGAUCCCCCUCCCCAGGCAUUUUGACCGGUUUAGGAAGGGCUCUGUAUUUUCUCAUCUUUUCCAUGCUCACCUCAAGUACUUGGGGGCAGAAGACCCUGUCCCCUGCCCUACUCCAUCCCUGCCGAGGCGCUGGGAGCAACCCCACCACUUGUGGGUCAGCCUUUGACAUUGCAGGUGGGACGAAGCCCAUGAAAAGUACUCUCGCACUCAGGGCUGGCGGUCUCCCUCUGGCCAGACCUGAGAUGCUGGGUCCAGUUUGCAUUUGGACUUCCAAGGGCAGUGCCAGCGUCCGUCCUGUACCAAUGGGUGAAAUCUGAAGCACUCCGAAGCUUAAAGGGAAACCAGUAUACCCAAUAAAAACACAUUUGGAUCA